UCCUGCACUGAGGACAUGUAUAGUAAUAGUCAUUACAGAACACGGGCUGUGAGCGUGGUGUGGCAGGGGAGGGGCCAGUCACCAGGAAUCGGCCCGUGCCAAUCAUGCCUGUGCUUUCCUCCUUACUUCCGGUCACUGUACCUUGUCGUUGUCCGUAGAGAUCAGGAACUCCAGCUGUGGGGAACGGAGUCUUUAUUACACAUCACACGUUCUGUAUUCUCUCUGAUUCACAAAGGAUGGACAAGGACAGGAGUCACAGGACUGAAAAGAUAAUAAAUAUCACCCUGGAGAUCAUCUACCUACUGACUGGGGAGGAUUACACAAUAGUGAAGAAGACAUCCAAUGAGUGUGAGAUAACCAGCAGCCAUCCCUGUGUAUCUGGAGGACUGAGUAGAACCCAGAGCCCCAUCACGGUGCCCCCACCUCACUCACUGACACAUGAAAGACACAAUGACCAGAAGAUCCUGAAACUCACCAACAAGAUCAUUCAGUUGCUGACUGGAGAGGAGGGGGAGUAUAUAGAGGAACACAGGGGUCUGUACAAGGACGUGAUGAUGGAGAAUCACCGGCCCCUCACAUCACUGGGUAAUAGGAGACUGUCAUGUAUUGUACAGGGGAGAGCAGAUGGACCCAGUAACAGAGAUACCCCAGAGAGAUGUCCCCGUCCUCUGUAUUCCCAGGACUGUACAGAGGAGAAUCACAGGAUCCCACAGGAGGAUCAGGGUGAAGCCCAAAUAAAUAAUGUUAAAGACAAAGAUAUAGAGGGAGAAGAGGAGACGUAUGUGACUGAUAUGAAGGGAGAAAAUAUAGAGGGAGAAGAAGAGACGUAUAUGACUGAUAUAAAGACAGAAGAUAUAGAGGGAGAAGAAGAGACGUAUGUGACUGAUAUGAAGGCAGAAGAUAUAGAGGGAGAAGAAGAGACGUAUGUGACUGAUAUAAAGGCAGAAGAUACAGAGGGAGAAGAAGAGACGUAUGUGAGGGGUGAUCAGCAGUGGAAGGAGGAGGAGAUCCCUACAGAUAUCAGCACUGCAGAUGGGCACACAAGCAGGAACAUCUCAGAAGGACAUCUAAUGUUAUCCCUGGAUUCUGAAAUAACCGAUAAUGACAGUAGACAGGAUUCUCCAGGAGAUAACCCCAUUACCCCAAUUCUACAUCCAGCUCUAUUAGCUGAUCCCUCUGGUCCUGGGAAAUGUUCUCCUGAUCACUCUGAUAUUGGUGCAUCUGUUACAGCUCUGAGAGUAGAUACAGAGUUUCCCUGUUCUAUAGAUGCCAAAUAUUUUACACAGAACACAAAGCCUAUUACCAAUCAACCAGCUAAGGCAGUUGAGAAGCCAUUUCCAUGUUCUGAGUGUGGGAAAUGUUUUACAUAUAAAUCAAUUCUUGUUACACAUCAGAGAAGUCACACAGGUGAGAAGCCAUAUUCCUGUUCUGAGUGUAGGAAAUGUUUUGCAUGUAUAUCAAAUCUUGUUACACAUAAGAGAACUCACACAGGUGAGAAGCCAUUUUCCUGUUCUGAGUGUGGGAAAUGUUUCGCACAGAAAUCAGGUCUUGUUGAACAUGAGAGAAGUCACACAGGUGAGAAGCCAUAUUCCUGUUCUGAGUGUAGGAAAUGUUUUGCAACAAAAUCACAUCUUGUUACACAUCAGAGAAGUCACACAGGUGAGAAGCCGUAUUCCUGUUCUGCGUGUGGAAAAUGUUUUGCAACAAAAUCACAUCUUGUUACACAUCAGAGAAGUCACACAGGUGAGAAGCCAUAUUCCUGUUCUGAGUGUAGGAAAUGUUUUGCACAGAAAUCAGAUCUUGUUACACAUCAGAGAAGUCACACAGGUGAGAAGCCGUAUUCCUGUUCUGCGUGUGGAAAAUGUUUUGCAACAAAAUCACAUCUUGUUACACAUCAGAGAAGUCACACAGGUGAGAGGCCAUUUCCAUGUUCUGAGUGUGGGAAAUGUUUUACAUUGAAAGCAAAUCUUGUUACACAUCAGAGAAGUCACACAGGUGAGAGGCCAUUUUCUUGCUCUGAGUGUGGGAAAUGUUUUAUCCAGAAAUCAUAUCUUAUUACACAUCAGAGAAGUCACACAGGUGAGAAGCCAUUUUCUUGCUCUGAGUGCGGGAAAUGUUUUAUCCAGAAAUCAUAUCUUAUUACACAUCAGAGAAGUCACACAGGUGAGAAGCCAUUUUCUUGCUCUGAGUGCGGGAAAUGUUUUAUCCAGAAAUCACAACUUGUUACACAUCAGCGAAGUCACACAGGUGAGAAUCCAUUUCCAUGUUCUGAGUGUGGGAAAUGUUUUGCAUGCAAAUCAGUUCUUGUUAUACACCAGAGAUGUCACACAGGUGUGAAGCCAUUUUCUUGCUCUGAGUGUGGGAAAUAUUUUGCACAGAAAUCACAACUUGUUACACAUCAGCGAAGUCACACAGGUGAGAAGCCAUUUCCAUGUUCAGAGUGUGGGAAAUGUUUUGAACGGAAAUCACAACUUGUUGCACAUCGGCAAAGUCACAGAGGUGAGAAUCCAUUUCCUUGCUCUGAGUGCGGGAAAUGUUUUACCUCGAAAACACAACUUGUUAUACAUCAGCGAAGUCACACAGGUGAGAAGCCAUUUCCAUGUUCUGAGUGUGGAAAAUGUUUUGCACGCAAAUCAGAUCUUGUUAGACAUAACAAAAGUCACACAGGUGAGAAGCCGUUUUCUUGCUCUGAGUGCGGGAAAUGUUUUAUCCGGAAAUCACAUCUUGUUAUACAUCAGCGAAGUCACACAGGUGAGAGGCCAUUUCCAUGUUCUGAGAAAUAAAUCAGCUCUUGUUGGACACAAUAGACAUCAUUCCGGUGAGGAACCAUUUUAAUCUUCUGGAGUAUACUUAUCAUGGCCAUGCGUUGUUCUUCAGGGUUCUUAUCCUAUCUCAUAUGCUUUUUGCAAUAUACAUGUUACCACUGAGUGAAAUAAUCAGAUGUCAUGCCCUCAUCUACCACUGCUAUACAGAUGACCUGUCUUUUGCUUCAGAUACUGAGAAACCAGUCCCAAUCCUAUAACUAUGCGAAGAACCUCGCUAAAAAUGCAAAAUUUUAUUGCAAUGAUUAUUAUUAAUAAAUUGGUAAUGUUUGAAUUGUG